AGGCUGUGCCAAGUGUGCGACCGCACAAGGGCCUCGAGCAAUGUAAAGUGACAGCUGACAUGAUGAUGUAAAGCCAAUAGUUCAUGUUUUUUUCUCCUUCGAAAAACUGUAAUAGUUAAAAGACAUAGCUAAACGUGAGAAUAUGUGUAUAGUGACUGUAUUAUUCUGCAAGUUAAAAUGUAUUAUGUACUGUAGUAACUUAAAAUAUUGCUUUGAGCGUGUGUGUGUGUGAUUCACGCGCAUACAUGUCAGUCGGCGCGGCUUUGCAUGUCAAGUUUGUAGAGAGCUUUAUUCAGUCCAUUUUAAUUUCUGAUUUUGGCCGCCUCUGAAAUGGGUCAAACUAUAGAUAUUACCUGAGAAGUUCAAGUAAAUACGCUAGAAAUCCGCGCUCAUUCAAGGAUGUGCAUUUAUUGCAAGGACGGAGAAAACAUGGACACCUGUAGGAUUUCAUCCGACGGUGACAACAUUGUAGAGAUUGGCGCCAACUGGAUCCAUGGCCCAUCAAAGGAAAACCCAGUGUUUCGUUUGGCAUGUGAUUACCAGCUCCUUGACAAAGAAUCAAUGUCUGAGGAAAACCAGGCCAUUGACAUUGGUGGUCAUCCAUUGUUUGUUCCCAACUGGUUUACCAGUUCAGGUCGGAAACUGGGGCCUGAGACGAUGGGUCCAGCGGUGGAGCUUUUCAUGAACUUACUGGAAAGGAGCCAGCAGUUCCAUGACAGUGGUGGAGAACCUCUGCCGAGUGUUGGGGAGUUUGUCAAGGCAGAGGCUGAACGGCUGGCCCCGGAGGAGUGGAAGGAGGACCAGGCUAACAUUGCGAUAAGAAUGGCCAUGAUAAACACAUUGCUCAAGCUGGAGUGCUGUGUCAGCGGAACACACACAAUGGAUGAUGUUGGCCUUGGAGCAUUUGGCAUGUAUAAGACUCUUCCAGGACUGGACUGCACUUUCCCAGGAGGUUAUGAAGGUUUAACUGAUCACAUGAUGAAGGAACUUCCCAAUGACAUAGUCUUGUACAACAAGCCAGUGAAGUGCAUUCACUGGAACUACACCAAGAAUGGACCAAAUACUAAGGGAAUGUUAUUCCCCAUUAUGAUUGAAUGUGUUAAUGGAGAGACAUUUGCAGCAGACCAUGUUAUUGUCACCGUACCACUGGGAUACCUGAAGAAGCACCAGAACACUUUUCUGAGCCCUUCUCUUCCACUGCACAAAUUGCACUCAAUCCAGAGAAUGGGCUUUGGGACCAACAACAAGAUCUUUCUUGAGUUUGAGCAGCCUUUCUGGGAUGAAGACUGUGAGUUGAUCUACCUUGUAUGGGAGGACGAGACCCAUCUUGCUGAUGUUGUUUCAGAUGUGAAGAUGUCCUGGAUUAGAAAGUUGAUUGGGUUCACUGUGCUGAAGCCCACAGAGAGAUAUGGACACGUGCUCUGUGGAUGGAUUGCGGGGCGGGAAUCUGAGUACAUGGAAACUCUGUCUGAAUUUGAAGUGCUGCACAGUGUCACACAGCUCCUUCGCUUAUUUACUGGAAAUCCAACUAUUACACCAAGGAAGCUUUUAAGAUCUCAGUGGUUCCAUGAUCCCUAUUCCUGCGGAUCUUACAGCUAUGUGGCCAAAGGUUGCUCAGCAUAUGAUAUAGACAAUCUUGCUGAACCCUUGCCGCUGAAAGGCUCAAAUUCUAAGCCUUUGCAGGUGUUAUUUGCAGGAGAAGCCACACACGGGUCUUUCUUCUCUACAGUGCAUGGAGCAUUGCUGAGUGGCUGGAGAGAAGCAGAGCGUCUUAUAUCUCACUACACUCCUGCCUCUGGGUCAUUCUCAUCUAAACUGUGAAAACUGUCCUCGAGUUCUGAAUAACUGGAAGGACUGACACAACUCAUUUUCAUUAAAUUAUGUGCCUUAUAAGGGGAAUAGAAGGAAAAUCUUAAUGUAAUUACUGAAUGAUUUAAAACGUCAUGAAUGCACUGCAUGAUACAUGUUCAACAUGUCAUCCAAGUUUCGUUCAGCUCGUUCAACAAAUGAUGAUUUGUGCGUAUGUUAAAAUUACAAAUAAUUUCUCACUGAAUGCCUGUACUUUGCACUAAUGUUAAUUGUUUUUUUGUGAUCUGAAAAUAAUUUUUAUAUUAAACAAAUUUUCUAAUA